GAACAUAAUAUAUCCUAGUCAGGAAGAGUAAUCUUUUAACACGUUUUGUUAAUGAAGAAAAUAUGUAAUGCUUUUCAUCAGUUAUUACAGAAGGGGGUUGCCAGAAAAUGGUGAGUGGGUAAAGGUGAGGUCACUUAAACAUUUUAAGAUACCAAGUCACACACACUUGAGUUGAACACCUAAACCUCACCUUCCAUACCAAAGAACAAAAGCAGAAGAAGACCCCACUGGCAGCAUCCGCCUUUCCUCUCCUCAAUUUACAACUGCUCUUUCAUCUUCCUAUAAUUUUGCCUUCGAUUCUUUGACUCUCCCUCUUCCUCCCACUCUAUAUAUACCCACGCAGCCUUCACAUCCUUUCACUCUCAAUAUCCACAGUAAUAGCAAAUGCUGCUUUACUGUCUGCAGCUUCAAACUCGAGUUAUAGCGAAGCACUCCAAUUAACAACUUCAAGCUUCCCAUGGGAAACUACACAUCCACCUGCUGCAUCCAGGAUGCCAGCCUUAACAAAUUUGCCAAGGUUAUUGAUGCUCAGGGGAACCUGCGGCUAGUGAAGCUCCCAGCAAAUGCAGCGGACUUUAUGCUUGAGGAACCUGGCUACAUCAUCUCUCCCGUGGAAGAGCUCAAACGAAGCCGUCGCCCGGUUGCUAUGCGAGCUGACGAUGAACUUUUGGUAGGCAAAGUUUAUGUUCUGGUCCCUACAGGAAGGAUUCAUCGCAAAGUAACGGAUGCGGAUAUGGCCAUCAUAGCAGUAGCUUGUCGUCGAAAGAAAAAGACAAAUGGUGCUAAGGUUUUACCGGAAGAUAGGGAAGUUGAGGAAUGUAUGAAAGGGGUUCCUAUUCCUCCGCCUGCCUACCCAUUGGGGAAUUACAGGCCCUGGAUACCUGUAUUGGAAGCUAUUCCUGAAUUGCUAUAACAAAUUUCUUCAUGCUUUUUUUUUAAUUUUUUAUUUUAUUUAUAUAUAUAUAUAUAUAUAUAGGUUUUUUUCACUUCAACAGGUCAGAGAUUUCCCAAAAUAAUUGUUGAAAAACGAGAGAUCUACUGCUAGGAAGGCUUGUAUGGUAUACUUGAACAUAUAAUGUUGUGGUGCAAAUCUUAGACCAUGUCAUUUAAUUAAAGGACUAAUGCUGUAUUUAAUUGGUUUUAAGCGAGGACUACUCAACACCGUCCCUCCCAUAGCGAACUGAAUUCACAACUGCCGAUUUAUUUUGUAUUUCAAUAUAUUAAUUAAGUUCGGAAAAAAGAAGGGGCCAAAUUCACAAGUUUAGUAUUAUUUAGGUAAGUCUCACUUAUUAUCAAUGUAAUAUCCUCAAAAAUUCUUUGGUUGUAAUAGUAUAAUUUUGAGCUGUUACUAGUCGAAA